AUGGAAUUAAAUAAAGAAAGUUACAUAAAAAAGAAAUUUUUAGAUAGUGACAAAUUAAUGGAAAUCCCAUUGGAAAUUUAUCGCACAACUAAUGCGACUGGUUCGGCACAUCUACUGGAAGAAUAUGAUGGUCAGACACUCUCUGCUUUCCAAACUGUAGGAGAUCCAAUCACACCAUUCGUUCCCUUAUUCAACAUGGUCACAAACAUAUAUUCUCAGAUGUUAUCAAUAUAUGAAAAUGCAAAGUGUAAUGAAAAAAUAUGUAUGGCUCUAUUAGAUCGUGUUGAAAUUGCACAAACGGCUGUUAAAUCAUUGCAACGAAAAUAUAAAGCAAAUGAAAAAAAUUUUAGAGAUCAAAACUAUUAUUAUGCUUGGGUCAGAUUUGUUAAUGUCCUGGAUAAUAUUAGGAAAUUUUCUAAAGAAGUUACGCAGUUGACAUAUUUUCAAAAGUUUUUAAAUGCUAAUGCAGUUAAAUAUUCAUUUGAAAAAAAUAUUAAAGAGUUUGAAGAAGUUUGUAGUGAUUUAAAUUUUACUAUGGCUUUAUAUAAUGCUGAACAAAAAGAAAUGGAAGCGAAAAAUGUGGCAGAAGAUCUUGAGAUUAUGAAAAAGGAUGAAAUCAAGGCUGAAAUAAGGUUAGCAAUAACGGAAGUUACUACAUUGAUGUCAAAUGCCAAUCAAUUAGGUUCACAAAUCAAGAGUGGUAAUCCCGUGGAUAAAACAGCUCCUAGAGUAGAUCCAAUUGAAUUAUCAGAACCAUAUGCUUCUAAUGAUAACGUUCGUGGUUCCAAUAAAACUGUCCAUAAAAAAAUUUUCCGUGGAAUAGAAGUUGCAUGUAAAAAAGUUCAAUUUAAUAAAGUUACCGAUUCCGGACCAGCAAGGAGCGAUGAAAAAGGUAGAUCUUCAGAAAUUCUAACGCUAGCAGAUAUUAUUCGAUGGUUAGCACCUGAAAAGAUGCGAAAACCUUCAAAAUCUCAACAACAAAGAUAUAAUCAUCACUCACGUCCUUCGGACAUAGAAAUGCAACAAAAACUUAAAGACCUUUUUAAUGAGCAUGUGUUUUCUAAAGGAAUUUCCCCUCAAGUACAUCCAAAAAAAUACGACUCUUUUGAAAAUUUAAGACUAGAAAAGGUUAGCAUUAACACCGAUUCUCAACAAUUUAAUGAACAAUUUGAAACACCUGAUGAAUUAAAAGCAGAACCAUAUAUUAAAUUAGCAGCUUUAAAAGGUCUGCCUAAGGCUAUUCAAUU